CGAUUGGAAUAUGAAAUCCUUAUUGUACUCUUUUUUGGUUUGCAGGUCCAAAUGCGGACGCAAAUACGGACACAAGGGCAAGCAGAAAACCGGAAUGCUGAGACAGAUUACUGUGACUGGUGUACACGCACAGUGCAAUCUCCAGCAUCAGCAGGUCAUGAAGAGAAGUUUUGGGAUGCCAUUCGUGAGACUAGUCAACUUUACAAUUCAAGUGGUAGUCAGCAAGAGCAAUUUAAUAGGCAAGAUCAUUUGAGCUCCCAGUUUGCUUCAAAAGCUCAUGUUGGGCCCCCUCCUGCUCUUAUCAAGGCCAAGAUUCCUUGGUCAGCCCGAAGAGGCAAUCUCUCGGAGAAAGUUAGAGUCCUGAAAACAGUGAAUGGCAUACUGAACAAACUGACGGUAGAGAAAUCUGAUCUACUCGCGGAGCAACUACUGGAUAGUGGAAUUACUAGUGCUGAUAUAUUGAAGGAUGUUGUGUCUCUCAUUUUUGAGAGAGCUAGAGCUGUUUUUGAGCCCACCUUCUGUCCGAUGUAUGCUCAACUUUGUUAUGAAGUCAGUUGCAGCCUCCCGUCAUUCCCUUCUGAAGAACCAGGAGGUAAAAUGAUUACAUUCAGACGUUUGUUGUUGAACAUUUGUCAGGAAGCUUUUGAAACCGCUGACAACCUAAGAGUUGAGAUUUCAACAAUUACCGACCCUGACCAAGCGAUGAAAAUAAGGGACAAGAAAAGGAUUUUCAAACUUAGAACACUUCGAAAUAUUCGUCUAAUUGGUGAGCUACUCAAGCGAUGGAUGCUAAUUGUGAGGAUAGAUCAUUGUGUUGCGAAGAAAUUACUGGGGUCUGACACAAAGGCUUGCCCUGAUGAGGAACACGUCGAAACCAUAUGUCAAUUCUUCAGCACGAUUGGUAAACAGCUUGAUGAUAACCCAAGGUCUCGCAAAAUUAACGAUACCUACUUCAUUCAGAUUAAGGAGCUAGUAGCAAACCCUCAGUGGACACCACGCUCGAAGUUCAUGGUUCGUGAUUUGAUUGAUCUCCGUUCUAACAACUGGGUGCCUCGACAUGCAAAGGUAAAUUUAAUCCAACUGCGCUGGCUCGUGUCUUUCUUUGCAAUAUUAAUGGAUUGAUGUCACUAGAGGGAGCCCGAAUUAAAAAAUAAUAUUUUCUGUCUUUUUUCUUUUCUUGAGCUGGAAUUUCUGUCUCUUUGGCAGGGAUACUCACUUCCAGUUCCAGGCAUAUUUAUUUCGAGGGGUCAAGUCAUCAUUCAUCCCUGCAAAAUUGCCGAGGAAAUAAAUUUGACCACAAGUGGAAUAUCAGGCCCGCAGGUGUGUGCCCUCUCUCUCACUCUCUCUCUACACUCGCACUGUUCCUUCUCAGGUAUACCAACCUGUAUUCUCAUAAAAGGCCUAAGGCUGGUCAUA